AUGGACGAUCUUAUGAACGAUUUAGAAGCGGGAUUCACCUACAAUCCUGCUCGAACUCCACACAAGAAGAUGAAAAAACGUAAACAGCUUGAUGCUCUUUUAAAAUUUCGUUCAGCAAAAUCAAAUCGAUUAUCUAACGAAGUAAUCAAUACUUCUGAGGACGAGUUAUUUUUACCAGAAAAGAAGUCUUCUCUUCCAACUCAUUUACAAUCAUUACGACAGCGCCGAUGGUGGAGUUAUAUUCGACAUAUUCUUUCCUUUUGUUUUGUUUGUAUUUUUAUGAUCGUUUGUGUUGGACUCGCCUAUGCAAAUAUUGAGCUGAAAAGUGAGGUGCAAAAUUUAUCUUCACGUGUUACUGAAAUUGAAAAGCGUUUUACAAAUUCGGAUAUAACUCGUGUGCUAUCGUCAAUUGAACAGCUAAAGAAUCGCUUGAAUGUAAUUGAACGUUGGAAUGUGUCGUAUAUUUAUGAUCGACUACAAAAACUACAUACAGAGUUUAAUCAAAUUAAACCAAAUGCACUCUCAGCCGAAACAUCUAUGACUCAUGAGGACGUCGAUGUUUCAUCGAAAUUGGACAAAGUUGAGGCACAAUCGACGCAUUUUUCUGAUGUGGCUGAUGAAUUAGAAAAAUUAAGUCGUGAUGCUGAUGAACAAGUGACACAUAUAGUGACUGAGAAAACGAAAACGCUCGACAAGAAAUUAAUUGAGCAUUUGUUAGAACAAGAACGAAGAGAAAAUGCUCACCAGGAUACAAAUCAACUGGCACAACAAAUUACUUCGCUAAAUGAAACUCUUUAUAUCAAUGCAGUUAAAUGGCAAAAGGAGUUGAGCUCUUUUCGAACUGAAUUGCAAAGUCUCAAUCAAAGUUCAAAAUUUCAAGAUUUUACCAUACAAUUCCAAGAAUUGUCAACUUUUAUGCACAAUUCAACAGAGAAGACAUCAAUAAUUACUUCGAGAUUACAAUCAGAUCUGGAUAAGUUGAGAAUUCAAUUAGACGCAUGUAAAUGCUCCAAAGAACCUACUAUUUUGAAACCAUCCAUUGUUGAUAGCAACCAACUGCAACAAACUCUCGUAACAAAACCUAAUAUGGAUAAACCACCACCAUCAUUAUCAUCUUCUUCUUCUCCUCUUUCUCCUACCGCCAGUACAACUAUUGUUUCACUAGACAAAGCGGAUCAAUCUCGAAAAAUUAUCACUAAUAAUACAGUGGAUAUUGCUCAAGUUAUGAAUCAGACUCUGACACCUACAAACUAA